AUGGCCGACUUCGAGGACCGGGUGUCGGAUGAGGAGAAGGUGCGUAUAGCUGCAAAAUUCAUCACUCAUGCACCCCCUGGAGAAUUCAAUGAAGUAUUCAAUGAUGUCCGGUUAUUGCUUAACAAUGACAAUCUUCUCAGGGAAGGAGCAGCACAUGCAUUUGCACAGUAUAACAUGGAUCAGUUCACUCCGGUGAAGAUAGAAGGGUAUGAUGAUCAGGUCUUAAUCACAGAACAUGGUGAUCUGGGCAAUGGCAGAUUUUUAGACCCAAGAAACAAACUUUCUUUUAAGUUUGAUCAUUUAAGGAAAGAAGCAAGUGACCCCCAGCCCGAGGACACAGAAUCGGCUUUAAAACAAUGGAGAGAUGCCUGUGACAGUGCAUUGAGAGCUUAUGUGAAAGAUCAUUACCCCAAUGGCUUCUGUACUGUUUAUGGUAAAUCUAUAGAUGGGCAGCAGACAAUUAUUGCCUGUAUUGAGAGCCACCAGUUCCAGCCCAAAAACUUCUGGAAUGGUCGUUGGAGAUCAGAAUGGAAGUUUACCAUCACACCACCAACAGCUCAAGUGGCUGCAGUGCUCAAGAUCCAGGUUCAUUAUUAUGAAGAUGGCAAUGUUCAACUGGUUAGUCAUAAAGAUAUCCAGGACUCUGUACAGGUUUCAAGUGAUGUACAGACAGCUAAGGAAUUUAUUAAGAUAAUAGAAAAUGCAGAAAAUGAGUACCAGACAGCAAUCAGUGAAAACUACCAGACUAUGUCAGACACCACUUUCAAAGCCUUACGCCGGCAGCUACCCGUCACCCGCACCAAGAUCGACUGGAACAAAAUCCUCAGCUACAAGAUUGGCAAAGAAAUGCAGAAUGCUUAAUGUGGAAAUAAGGAGAUUUAUGAAAUGUUUGUGUGCAAAAAAAAAAAGUGGUCCUAUGCCAAGUAGAUGGUUUCUAAACCAGUGCAGCAUUUUUCUAGGGCUUUCAAAGUUAACAGGUUUUCUAGCCUCAGAGAGAACUAUGGAACAAAUAGCAUUGUCUUUGUGUUUUGUGUUUCCUGCCGCAUAAAUUUCCUGUUGUGACAGCAUUUACUGAUAGGUCAUUUUAAUUAAGCCACAUUCAUGGUUCAGAAGUAUAGCUGGUUUUGAUCACUCACUGUACUGGUUGGAAAACUUCCUAGCUGGAAAAGCCCUAUUAUAAAUACAGCUGAGGAUGCAGAGCAUUCCCUUCACCCUUAUACAGCACUCCAGGUACUCCUGUAAGUUUGUCAAAUCUGCCAACAGCUCAAGGCGCUAUGCUGCAAGAAAUAACAAAUGCAAAAGACCGUAAGUCCUCGUGUAUCCUUAUUACUGACCUCCACAAAGCAAAAAGCCUGCAGGCUUAGAUUUUGCUGUAUAAAAUGAGUUUACAAGAGCCUUCACAGAAAUCCCUAAGCAGCCAGCUCUUCCAGGGACAUAAUUUUUGUUUUUAAUCUGAAGAUUUGAGCCACGUUCCCUUAAAGUGAACAUUUUUGCUCUCCCCUCCCUCAUGUAUGUACGGUUAUUGGACAUCUGCAUUUUUCCAGAACUACGAGUUCCUGUGUUGAAUCAGUGCUGAUCCAUGUAGGCUGGAUAGUGAUUAAAAAUGCAAAUGUCUACAGAAUAAUAGGUAUGUUGUGCUUUAAUGCUUUGUGGCAGGUUCAUAGAAUUUGUAUCACAGGUGUAUGGAUGGAUAGUGUACAAAAUAAAUAAACUUGCACCAAAGUGAGAGAAAAAACCU